AGAGUAUAAAAACUGCCAGCAUCAAAGAGUGAAAGAAGUCAACUAGAGUAGAGCUGUCCUCUGGUGACUAACUUUGCCAAUAAUGACAAACAUGAUGAACCCAAUAGUGAAAGGUAAUUUGUGUGGACAUUUAUAUUUAUAAAUAUAUAAUAUGUAUUUUCGAUAUGAAAAAGAUUUGGGCUAUAAUGUAUACUUCUAUUUAAGCUUUUACUUUUAUGAUAAAACAGAUAAAUGCUUUAUUUCACCUUAAAAGUGUUAUUUGUCUAUAUUCUAGAGAGAGGAACAUUAUGCAUUAACAUUGAGAUUCAAAAUAUAAUCAACUUGAAGCAUUCCAGGAAUUUAGUGUAUUACAUGGAUAAUGUACAAUUAAUGAGCAGAAUAUUCUAAUUUCCAUUUGAUUUUGUGGACUGUGAGAUAAGAUGACCAUAAUCUGGUCAUCUGGGCAUUUAGCAGUUCCAUUUAAGUCAUGGGAGACAAAAUACCUUUUGUAUACAGUUAUUGUGUAAGUGAUGUUGGAGGGCUCCCUAAUUUGUUUUCAAUUCCUUGCUAUUGUCUGUGCAGAAAUAAUAAUGUGACAUGGAAUUAUAGUAAUAAUUGCUUUGGUUGUAUGUGGAUGGAACAGAGUUAAAAGUAGGAAUAUAAGAUAGGUACGAAUCAAUAUCUUGGAUUUAUAAAUAAUGCAAGGGAUAAACAUGACCACAAGAUAUGUUCUGCCAUACCCACAUUUGUGAGGCAGCAUGAUGAGUAUGCCUGUGGUACAAUUUUAUUAAUAUGAUCAGUGGUUAAGUAUCUUUUGUUUACAAUUCUAUUUGUAUUGCUUGAGUUUUGGUGGGACUGUUUGUUUCAAUAAAUGAAGUAAAUAAAAGAGUUUUCCGGUGUCAUGCCUACUUUACCCUUAACAAAUGCCCUUAACAAACUUAAUCUGAUCUGAAUAGGUUCUCUGACAAUACAUUUUCUUGUAGAACUCCUACUCCCAUCACAAUAAUUACACAUUUGCAAAUAAGUUUUAAUAAAUAUUAGAUAUAUUACAAUGUAUGAAUAGACUAGAUGGGUCAAAUGGUUCAUAUCUGCCAUCAUAUUUGAUGUUUGUAUGUCUCUAUGUAGUUGUAUAGGGUUUUUAUGUUGUGUUACAUGUAUUUCAUGAGACAUUAACUGCUGCAACACCCAUCACUUUAAAUGUUGCCAUUUUUUUUCAGAUUACUUUCUCCCUUUCUUGACAGUCUGACAGCUGCCGCUCCAAUUAUUACCUAACUCACCUGUCCUACACAAGCAUCAUUCCUGGCUAGGGCACAUAUAUGAUUUUUUGGCAUAAAUAUUUCCUGUGAUUCUUUGUUGACCUAAUUUGCAUAUGCCUACCUAGUAGUAACAUCACUGCAAAGUAGAGAUUUCUGUGGGAAAAGUAGGUCUUAUGGCUUGACGUGUGUGUGUGUGUUAUAUAUCUAUCUUUCUAGAAAUGCGUAAAGUUAUACAUUUCUUGUGGUCAUUUUCUGCCUUGUUAUGAUUUUACCCUGUAGUUGACUUAUUUCUUUCUUUUUUUUUUUUUUUAAGUUGUAAUGUUUGUUAUGAUAGCUGGGUCCCAUUUAUUAUUGGAAAGAAACUGGGUGACUUCCCAUCCAAUUUGUGCAAGAGAUGGUACCAACUGCCUAAUGACUACAGGAGAACUCUUUGACCGUGCUGUUGGCCUCUCACAUUAUAUUCAUACACUAUCUGCUGAAAUGUUCAAGGAUUUUGUAAGUAUAUGAAUGAUAAUAUAGUUAAAAAUGAUUCUAUUUAUUCUAUAUAUCAUUCUUAUCAAAUUUGAGUCACUAAUAACUCUUAAUUUUAAAAAUGUACUUUAAAUACACAUUGUGAAGCUAAAAGCAUGGCUAAAUCUACAUGCUCAAACUAUUAUAUCACCCAUGCUUAUUGCCCCAUUUUUAGACAUCUGCAACACCAUUGCUUUUUGCAGACAGCCCCGUCAGUUAAUGAUGCAAAAUGAUAAUGUACCAACUAUUCAUCAUUGAUGUUUACACCUUUCCGUGGUUUUACCUUUACAUUUUUAACUCCAGUUUUUCACACAAUGUUGCUGUGUUACUAUGCCUACAUAUUCUUAUCUAGUCUAACCUUUCCUCGUUUCUCAUAUAUGUUGCAACCCUUGACCCCAUUAGCUCCACCUUUCAGUUGUUCCUUUUAUUUCUGUAUCUCCAUUUAUUCCAUUGCUUUUAACCAAUCUCUUACAAAUCUCCUGUCAGCAUUGUGUGUGCCUUUCUCCUUUUCAUCCUAUACACACACAGUUCCACUAUUCAACUUCUAAACAGACAGAAGUUCCACAUUUUAAGUAUGCAACAUGAAACAAUUCUAUAAACAAUGUAUAAAUAUAAUGCUCUUUGGUAGGAUGAACAGUUUGCUCCAAGUCGAAGGUUCCCAAAAUCUGUAAUGAGAUGUCACACCGCUUUAUUAAACACACCUGAAGACAAAGAGCAAGCUCAAAAAAUUCAAGUGAGUAAUUUAUACGCAAUUAAGUAAUUAACUACUAAUUAUGUCACACAAAAACCGUAAAUAUAUGUUUUGAUCUUAGCUUUUUUACUGACAUUUAAAUCUGAAACACGGUGAAAUGUUUCAAUAAUGAUAAAAAUUACAAAUGAGCAAGGAUUAUAAAAAUUUAAAGUUAUAAAACACAAUCUUUGUCAGUCUCUCCUUCACUUAAAGGAACACUAUGGACCCCAUUCUGGUGCAGCAUUCUGCAAAACAUUUAUUUAUUUUGUGCAAAAAAACUAAAAAUAUUUGAACAUGUAAAAAUGCAGAAUAUUAUUUAGGCCAAAAUCUACCAUACACAUUCAAUUUCUACUGGUGGCCAGAGCGUCCCUUUAAUUUCUUAAAGGGUUACUUCAACCACCUUCACAACUUCAGUAAUAUGACGUGUUCAUGGUGGUAAGAGUCUGGAUGUGCAGUGUUUCAGCUUGAAACACUGCAUAAUAUAGAUAUAUUUUUAAUUGUGUGCUAGGGGCUAGCUGCACGCCCAGCACACAUGACAAUGACAGCCUAGAACUCUCUUCCAUGCUGCCUAAUGUCAAUUGUGCAUAUUUAGUCUGAUCAUACAUUUUGAAAUAGGACCCUUAAAGAACAGAUUGUUAUGACCAGAAACACCAUCAUUAUCCCUUAAUGGAUUAAAAUACAGUUUUACCAAAUAAAUACAUACAUUGCAAUGUGCAUGUAGAUAAAUAUAAUUUAGCAUAUUAUACUACAUGUUUUACUACUUUUGUAGCAUCAGCAUGUAGGAGAGUUACACUAAAAGUGUAAGUAUGAGUUGUCUAAUAAUUUAGCAACGGUUUUAUUAUCUGGCUGCAAGCCACAUUUAGAAAAGCAGAAUCCAUAAAGAGCUGUGUAUAACAUUUUAUAGCUUAUUGACAGGAGCAUUAGAGUUUAGAAGCAGAUUACAAUACCUAUUAGUCCCAAGCAUAAAACAUUUGAAAUGUUCAGUCGACAUUGCUACCUCAAUGAGUCAAAACAAUGACAGUCUUUUUUUCAAGGAUAAAAAAUUAUAUUUGAUGGAGAGAUAGAGCUAGUCAAUUUUUUGUUUUUUGAAAAGAAAAAAAUACAUCACAGUUUUUUUUGAACAAAAAGAAAGAGGAAUAAAAAGAAUAGGGAGCUAAAAAUAAUUCUUAAAAAAUGUUUUUUAAAAUUACAUGGACGGCAAUACUGUUAUAUAAUACUAUUAUAUUUUCAUUAUUAGUAGUAGUAGUUUUAUGCUUUACAGAAGAAUACUAACCAUUAAAUAACAGACACCAUGUGUGCAUAAUCCUUGUUAAAAUAAAUUACGAUACAUUUUUAUAAUCCUUGCUCAUUGGUAAUUUUUAUAUACACUCUUUGAAAGUUUUAGCAAAACGUGGUAAAGAAACAAUAGGAAUAGAAUUCUGGAAAUUUAUAUUAGGAUGAAAGGGUUAUUGAUUGUGAUAGUUCUUAUUACUUUGUUCUCCUUUUAAUCUUGUUUUAUUAGAAAAAUAGACAGGACAAACCAAGAACAAAGUCCCAGUGUUACAGAUCUAGAAACUUGACAUAAAAUAUUUCCAAUUCUUGUCAUAUAAUUCCUCAAUGUAAUAUUUGUGGAUAAGAUUUUUAAGUGAUUUAAUAUUUUGAAUGCAGUUUACAAACAAUUGAUUUAAUAUUUUGAAAAAAAAAAGUCAUAAAUAUAUUUUUAUACAUAGUAUACUUUGUGAUAUUUUAAUAUUUUGAAAAAAUUAUUUGAAAAGUUUUUCCCAGAGGCUGGGCCUGACUUUCAUGCCGGACAGGCGGGGUUUGUGAGAGCACCCUACUGAUUUUUAUAGUUUGGCUGUAGUGGAUAUUUACCACUUUUCAGACCAGCUAGAUUCUUUGUGCUUGAUUUUCUUUGUGAUACCAAAGAAUUCUAGCUCUUUAACAUUGCAGCCUGGUGCACUGUGGUAGUGAGAGGCGUCCAAUCCCCCAGUCUGGAGCAGCCUGUGCUUCUGUGGCUUAAUAAUUGUGCCCAGUGUCCUUCCUCUGGACAGAUGAAGGUGUCUUGCUGAUUAUUUUAUAAGGUUCAAGGAUGCAGGAUAUGACACCAAUUGAGUGGGUGAAAUAAAGUUUAUUUAUUAAGGACAAAACAGAAUCAUCCUGAAAAAUUACAAGUCUUUAAGAAUAAUGCAGUAUAGUCUUUCUAAUUACAAGAAUUUUACAAGAAUAAAGUAAUACAUCAACGAUUCAUUUAUUGUAAAAUUACAUCCAGGCCCACUACAGCUGGGAAGCCCCAUUCCUACAUAGUGCAUCCACUCGUAGGUCAGGCUUCUGGCAAGGCUCAAAAUUGGGCUUGCCAGUUGUUGUGGGCCUAGAUGUAGCAUAACAAUAAAUUACCCUAUUUUGUUAUUUUGUGUCACUCUGCAGAAUGUAUUACUGUCUCAUGCUAUCCUUUUGUGCUGACAUUCCUACUCCAGUGGCUUUAUGCUCAAGUAUUUAAGCUUAUUAUUGCCCAUGUAUACAUUAUAUUUCCUUAAAAAUAGAUACUGUCUUUCCAUGCAACUAUUAAAGGAUCACUAUAGGGUCAGGAACACAAACAUGUAUUCCUGACCCUAUAGUGUUAACACCACCAUCUAGCCCACCUGGGCCCCUCAUGCCUCCAUAACUAUAGUAAAACUCUUACUGUAUUCAAGCCUGAAGCUGUAAAUCUGCAUGCUGUUAGACUCAGAAAAACAAGCAGUCUGCUGACAUGUGGUAGCCUGAUCCAAUCCCAGUGCUUCCCCAUAGGAUUGGCUGAGACUGACAAAGAGGCAGAUCAGGGGCAGAGCCAGCAUGAUUCAAACACAGCCCUGGCCAAUCAGCAUCUCCUCGUAGAGAUGAAUUGAAUCAAUGAAUCUCUAUGAGGAAAAUUCAAUGUCUGCAUGCAGAGGGAGGAGAUACUGAAUCACAGGAUGCUGUGCACAGUGCUGCCCUGUGCUCUGCUGACAGCAGAUCUGAGUGGCAGGAGGCAUAUUAUGCCUCCAUCAACUCCAAAGUCCCCCUGGUUCACUCUGAGUGACUGCAACUGGAGGUGUUCCUAGCUUUUUUCAGAAAAUACAGUGUUUACAUGAGAAAGGCUAUAGUUCUCACCUGAACAACCUCAUUAAGCUGAAGUUGUUCAGGUGACUAUAUAGUGUCCCUUUAAGUACAUUGCUUCUAAUUGAGAAUUGUAUAUGUUGUGUAUUUGAACUAUCAAUCUGCUCAAUUAAAGAUUGACAAAACAACAUAGUUAAUAAAACAUAUACAUUAUCUGAAAGUUAUCCAAAUAUAUUAAAUCAUUUUAAAAGCUUAUCGAAAAAUAUCAAAUCAAGGCCUGCCUAAGCCCUACAGUAAAGGAAAAGAUUGUAAAGCAAAUGCUGAUGCCAAUCAUUGAUUAUGGGUAUGUAGUAUAUGCACCCGCACCACAAUCCCACUUUAAUAAACUCAAUACAUUGUAUAACUCGUUCUGCCGAUUUACGCUACAAUGUAAUUACAGGACCCACCAUUGUGACAUGCUAAAAGAACUAAACUGGCUGUCGCUGGAAUCCAGACGCACCCUUCAUCUUUCCAGCCUUGUGUUUAAGAGAGUUUCUGGGAAGCUCCCACCAUACCUGAGCAGAAUGUUCUCCCCGGCUGUUCCCACCUCCUAUAGUCUACCUCAAUACAAAAGAAAGUGUCCCGAUCCUCCUUUUCCUACAGAACGCCGCAAUUUUGGAACUACCUCCCGCACCCUUUAAAAUCUUCCCCAAGCCUAAAGUCCUUUAAGAGAUCCCUCUCUACAUACCUCAAAACAGAAUGCACCUGUCAUGGUUGAUUAUAUAUUUCCUACCUGUUCUAUGUUAAAUUUUGUAUAUAUUGUGUAUUAAUAUUGUUUUUGUAUUUUAUUGUACCCUAAUGUAAAAAUGUAAUGAUUUGUGGACCCAGGACAUACUUGAAAACUAGAGAAAUCUCAAUGUAUCUUUCCUGGUAAAAUAUUUUUAUAAAUAAAUAAAUAAUCUAAAAUCUGCAAUACACAAGGUAGGCUUUAAAACAUUUAGACUACACUAGUAGCAGGGAAUCAUGAUGAACUUCACAUACAGUGAUAUUGUCACGUUGAUUCACUGAAACGUAUGCUUAUAAUAGUCUUUUCUUUUUACAUAAAAGCAUGAACACUUGCUAAACUUAGUGAUGAGGGUUCUGAGAUCCUGGAAUGAUCCACUACUCCACAUGGUUUCUGAAGUACAAGGUAUCCGAGAAGCACCAGACACAAUAUUAUUGAAAGCUGUACAAGUUGAAGAGCAAACCAAACAGCUCUUAGAAGGAAUGGAACAGAUUAUUGGAAGGGUAAGAAUUUUACAUUUCAAUUGCUAUCACUCUACAUUCUAUUAGAUAUGUGAAGAGAUUUUAGGAAAAGUAAUAUUCACCUGAAUGUAUUACUCGAACAAAGCUUCUAUGCUUAUAUUAAUUAGAACAAGUAAUGUAACACACUCUGUUCCUGUGUUCUCAGAUUCAUCCAGGUGAUGUAGAGAAUGAACUUGAUUCACUGUGGUCUGGCCCUCCAAUCUCAAACUCAGCUGAUGAGAAUUCUCGCCUCUUUGAAUUUUACAACUUGCUUCAUUGCCUUCGUCGGGAUUCACACAAGAUUGAUAACUACUUAAACCUUCUGAAAUGUCGCCUUUUCCAUGACAAUAAUUGUUAAGCUUCUUUUCUAUUCUACAUACAUUGCUUGAUCACUAGGAAAAGAAGGAUGUCUUCUUAUUUAGCAAUGAAAUUAAAUCAGAUAUGUUGCUAUAUAUAAAUGAAGCUUCAAGUUAGCAAUUUAUAACAUAGCAACUUUUAACUAAAAUAACACUGUCACUAACACUUUUAGAAUGUAUUGCCAAUAAAAAUAAAAUCAC